UGAAGGCGGGUGCCACGUCUAUGUGGGCUUCGUGCUGUGGGCUGCUGAAUGAAGUCAUGGGGACUGGAGCUGUCAGGGGCCAACAGUCAGGAUUUGCAGGAGGCACUGGUCCAUUCAGAUUUACACCGAGCUCUGAUUUUACCACUUACCCACCAGCACCUACAGAAGGGCCUAAUAUAGUUUGCAAAGCCUGUGGACUUUCAUUUUCAGUCUUUAGAAAGAAGCAUGUAUGUUGUGACUGCAAGAAAGACUUUUGCUCCGUUUGUUCGAUCUUACAAGAAAAUCUCCGUAGAUGUUCCACUUGUCACUUAUUACAAGAGACAGCCUUUCAGCGCCCUCAGUUAAUGAGACUGAAAGUGAAGGAUCUACGGCAGUAUCUCAUUCUUAGAAACAUACCGAUCGAUACCUGUCGAGAGAAAGAAGACUUGGUAGAUCUGGUACUGUGUCACCGUGGGCUGGGCUCUGAGGACAACCUGGACACGAGCAGUCUGAAUUCCUCAAGGUCCCAGACUUCUAGCUUUUUUACACAUUCAUUUUUUUCAAACUAUACAGCCCCAUCUGCUACCAUGUCUUCCUUUCAGGGAGAGCUUAUGGGUGGAGACCGGACCUUAGGAUCUGGAGUACUGGCACAGGUGCGAAGUGAAAUAGCUUCAGCAAACACAGAUGAUGAUGAAGAAGAUGAUGACGACGACGAUGAUGACGAGGAUGAAGAAAACUUGGAGGAGCGGACAUCUGGCCUCGCUAAGAAGAGAGUGAGAGCUUCUCUGUCUGACCUGUCAAGCCUUGAAGACGUGGAAGGGAUGAGCGUGCGCCAGCUCAAGGAAAUCCUGGCUCGGAAUUUUGUCAACUAUUCUGGCUGUUGUGAAAAAUGGGAGCUAGUAGAGAAAGUAAACCGGUUAUACAAAGAGAAUGAAGAAAAUCAAAAGUCAUAUGGCGAGCGGCUGCAGCUGCAGGACGAGGAAGACGACAGCCUGUGCCGGAUCUGCAUGGACGCCAUCAUCGACUGCGUCCUGCUCGAGUGCGGGCACAUGGUCACCUGCACCAAGUGCGGCAAGCGCAUGAGCGAGUGUCCCAUCUGCCGGCAGUACGUGGUGCGCGCCGUGCACGUCUUCAAGUCCUGAAGCCGAGGACCCCCCAGGCUCGAUCCCAGACGUUUCAGUGCACAGAAGGGACUGGAAACUUCCUGUUCAAAAUCUGAAGCUAUUUUUAAAAAUUAUUUUCACGACUAACUGGGGACAGGAAAGAUUCAUCCUAAGUUGCAGCAACACUGGUCCAUGCUGUAUGCCUGUCAGCUGGAGGACUGGCUCAGUUUCCCAGUUUCUGCUGGGCUUCUUCACACAUCUCUGAUUACUAAUUGCCGAAGUCAGACUGCUUAUGGCAUCAGCUACUGUUCUCUUUGGAGGACAUUUAUCUUGUUCUCUUAUUUCUCCUUCAUCCUAUUUUUAACUUAAACUACUCAGAUGUUUGAAACUUCUGCUCUCUUUGGAUGAGGUCACUGUCUGCAAAUGGCCGACAUGGUACACGCUGAACAGGGGCACCUCUGAAUGUUCAUUUUAUUAGUCAUGUAUAUUUUAAAUGCUACUAUUUGAUGAAUGUAAUUUUCCACAUUGUUGCUAUUUCUGCGUUUAAACGUAAUUGGGAACAACUGACAUUCUAUAGUCAACUACCAGGGCCUGAGACUAAACAUGUCCAUUUUUGUUCAGGUACAGCUUUUUAUAGCGAGGGCUGCAUCUAGCUUCCUUCAUUAGAGAAGUGUGUGUGUUAAAUUCUUUAUUAACGUGUAAUCAGUUUACACUUUUAUAUAUUGCAAGUGUAUUUUCAGUGCUACCCACUAGCUAGUUUGAACUUUAGGAAUAAAAUUAGGUUUUAAAAAAUG